UUUGUUCCUGCUAAAGGUAAACAAAUGGACUCCGUGGCGGUUUGCGCUAAAAACAUGAAAAAUGUGGGCAAACCUUGCGGAUUAAAGCAAAUAAAAUGCCCGGACAGAAGAGAAGAUAUAAUGUGCGGUUUCCUCCUGGUCGCAUCAAGAAGAUCAUGCAGAAGGAUGCAGAGGUGGGGAGGAUUGCGAUGGCGGUUCCUGUGAUCAUCUCCCGGGCGCUGGAAAUGUUCCUGAAGUGUCUGCUGACCAAAACUUGCCUGAUAACUCAGUCAAAGCUCAGCACUGUGGUAUCAGUGGCUCAUAUGAAACAGUGUAUUGAGUCAGAAAAGCUCUUCCACUUCCUCAAAGACCUGGCUGAGCAAGCAACCACUACGGCAGGCCAGAAGGACAACAGAGCCAUAAAUAUGUGGCCAUUAUACAGGACCAGACGGCAUGAAAUAACUGUUAAAAAAUCCCCUGAAAGGGUAGAAAAGGUGCCAAGACAGAGUCUUGACUCCCUGGACAACGAGUCCAGCUCCAGUGAGUCUGAGCUCUACAUCUGCCUUUGAGUUGGAAUGUUAAACCAGAAGAAAAGGCUGUCAGCUUCACAUCUCAUCUAUUAUGUUUUUUUUUAGUUUAAAAGUUUGGCUUUGUUUAAAGUCUGCUGAUAUGGAUCAGCAUUGAGAUGGGAAUAUUUAAGAUGGAAAAAGUUGUAUCAUAUGGAAAUAUUUAAUUUAAGUAAUGUUUUAUAGCUCUUUCUGCUUAGUUUUUUUGGCACAUGUUUUGAAGUGAAACGCUUUUCUUUUUUUUUGAUUAUAGCAGAUGUUUAAUAAGAGGAAAAGACUGAAUUCAUUCCAAGUUUACUAUUGAGAAAUACUUGAAGGAAAUCUUAACUAGUUCAAAUAGUCAGCAUUUUUUGUUCUUGCAGCAGUUGACUUUAAACAUUGGUUUUGCAGUUAAUUUUAUGACAAUGCAGUCAUGUUUUGGUCAAACUGUUAACAGUAUAACACAGAAAUGGUUGACAGCACAUAUAAGCACAUUUUACACAAAAUCAUUAGCCUGAAAACACAAACUUUGAGCUUAUUGCUGAAAAAUGGCCAUGCUGUUUCCUGUUUUUGAGCGUUACAUUUUAAAGUAUUUAUAAAUUAACGUUUUAAAGACAGUAAAGCUUCAGAUUUGAAUGAAAAAUGUAAAUAAAUAUGGUCAUUUCAACUUCUGUGAUUGAAAAAUUGAAUGUGAAGAAGUUUAAACGAUGUGCUCACAUAAAUAAAAACAAAUCAAACGCAUACAAG